CUCCCUGCGCCAGGUCCCGGACGCGCUGCCCGCAGGUCGUGCAGAGCGGGGCACCGGCGCCCACGGCCACGGCGCGCGCUGUUCCUCGGCUUCUCCCCGCGCGCUGCAGCUCCCGGGGGCGGCGCACCGGACCCUCAGAGGCGCGGGCACCGCCGGUGACGGCGCAGGGACCGCCACGGCCUCCUCAUGGCUGACCUGAGCUUCAUCGAGGACACCGUCGCCUUCCCCGAGAAGGAGGAGGAUGAGGAGGAAGAGGAGGAGGGCGUGGAGUGGGGCUACGAGGAAGGUGUGGAGUGGGGCUUGGUGUUUCCUGAUGCUAAUGGAGAAUAUCAGUCUCCCAUUAACCUGAACUCAAGAGAAGCUAGAUACGAUCCCUCUCUGCUGGAUAUCCGCCUCUCUCCAAAUUAUGUGGUCUGUCGGGACUGCGAGGUCACCAAUGAUGGGCAUACUAUUCAGGUUAUCCUGAAAUCCAAGUCAGUGCUUUCAGGAGGACCAUUGCCUCAAGGGCAUGAAUUUGAACUGUAUGAAGUAAGAUUUCACUGGGGGAGAGAAAACCAGCGUGGAUCUGAGCACACUGUUAAUUUCAAAGCUUUUCCUAUGGAGCUCCACCUGAUCCACUGGAACUCCACCCUGUUUGGCAGCAUUGAUGAAGCUGUGGGAAAGCCUCAUGGCAUCGCCAUCAUUGCCUUGUUCGUACAGAUAGGGAAGGAGCAUGUGGGCCUGAAAGCUGUGACUGAGAUCCUCCAGGACAUUCAGUACAAGGGGAAAUCCAAAACAAUACCCUGCUUUAAUCCUAAUACUUUACUACCAGACCCUCUGCUGCGAGACUACUGGGUCUACGAAGGCUCACUUACUAUCCCCCCGUGCAGCGAAGGCGUUACCUGGAUAUUAUUCAGAUACCCUUUAACUAUAUCCCAGCUGCAGAUAGAAGAAUUUCGAAGGCUGAGGACACAUGUUAAAGGGGCAGAGCUCGUGGAAGGCUGUGACGGGAUCCUGGGAGACAAUUUUCGGCCCACUCAGCCACUGAGUGACAGAGUCAUUAGAGCUGCAUUUCAAUAGCCAUGGAGAGCUGGAACAAGACCGUCUUUACUGGGGAGGAAGACGGUGGUUUUGAGGUGCUCUUGGAUGAGCAAUAGAAGAUCCUGAGCUUCAGCUAUAGGGCAUCCACACAGCCUGCGUUGUGUUCUUUCAUCUAACCCAGCUUUGGUGGGCGUCUGCAACAGCUGCCUGUACACAUGGCAUGAAGGAAUACAGAGAUGACUACACAUUUGGAAGAAACCCCAUAGUAUAUAUCCACUUCACUGUUGCUAGGAUUCAUAUUUUGCAAUACUGUUUAUUGAUUAUGUGUAGAAGAAAUGAGACUAGUUUUCAAAGUGGUUAUUAAUAUGACUAUAUAUCACAUAUUAAUGUUGAUAGGAAAAAUACAUUCCCAGUGUUAGUAGUCACUCAUUUUUUGCCUCUAACAGAAAAUGUAUUCAUUUGGAGUCUGUUAUAAUACUUGAUAGAAAAUAAAGGUUUUGAUCAAGAACAGCCUAGAGCUUAAAAUGUAAUGUGAAAGAAUAGUAAAAAUCAUGUCUCAUUAUUUCCCAGUACCCAUACCAAAAUUAAUGUCAGUCUGGUUUUCCAUGGAACACAUAUUGAGAGUUAAUGCAAAAAUAUAGCACUCGCUUUCUGUAUUUCUUAAAGGAUUAAUUGAAUAUGUAUCUAACAUGUUUAUCUGAUAUUUCUGAAGAUGUGAGUUCUAAAAACUUGAGAAAGUUCUAAAAAAUAAAUAGAACAAAAAGAAAGCAGAUACAGUAUACCAGGAAUAGCUUUAUAUUCCGCAAAUAGAAGUAUAAAUUUAAUAGUAUCCCAUUUGAAUUUAGUGUUCUACACUUUGUAAGCCUUUAGAGUAUGCUAUUCUAUAGAUUCCACUUCUUUGGUAUGUUAAAAUUUCUUUCAGUGAAGACCAGCAAUGUCCUUACCGGAAUUUAUUUUAUUUUACUUUUCUGGCCAGCUCAGCCUGUCCUAAGGGCAGGGCUGGAAUGGCAUGUGGU